CGUGUCCCUACAGGAGUUGGUGGCAGAGGGAGUCUGUGCUGCACCGAGAGGAGAAACAGCUGCUAACAGAAACAUGUCCGCGGUGCCUGACGGAAAGAAACUCGUCCGGAGCCCCAGCGGCCUUCGCAUGGUGCCUGAAAAUGGCGCCUUUAACAGCCCCUUCUCCCUGGACGAGCCGCAGUGGGUCCCGGAUAAAGAGUGCCCGAGAUGUAUGCAGUGUGACACCAAGUUUGACUUCAUCAGGAGAAAGCAUCACUGUCGGCGAUGUGGUCGGUGUUUCUGCGAUAAAUGCUGCAGUAAGAAGGUGGCGCUGCCCCGCAUGUGUUUCGUGGAUCCGGUGCGGCAGUGCGCCGAGUGCAGCCUGGCCUCCCAGAAGGAGAUGGAGUUCUACGAAAAGCAGCUCAAAGUGCUUCUGGGAGGUGGCACCUUCGUCGUCACUUUGGGAACGUCGGAGAAGUCUGAAACCAUGACGUGUCGCCUCUCCAACAACCACAGGUAUCUGUUCCUCGACGGUGAAAGUCACUUUGAGGUAGAGCUGUCUCGGAUCUCCAGCAUGCAGAUUUUGACGGAUGGGUCGAGUCCAGGAGAGAAUGACAUUCACACUUACACCAGUCUGCUGGACAGUCAGUAUAUCUCUGAAGGAGGGACGUCACGGGCCAGCGGCAUGCUGCUCCACUACAAGCCAAUGGGCUCUCAGGACGCCCAGCAGCUCCGUAUGGAGGCAGCAGACGACAAGAAGGUGGCCUCGUUAUGGUUGGCUGCAAUGCACAAGGCGGCCAAGUUGCUGUAUGAAGCUCGGGACCAGUGACCUGCAGGCAGCCUGUCCGACCCUCCAGGCAGCACACACCCAAGUGUUUUUGUACCCGGUCUCACCGGGGUUUGGUAUCGUUUGGAUUUUUAUUAACACCAGUUCUGAUUCUGCUUAUCCGUCUGAUUCCUCAUCGGCUCUUGAUACCAGUUCUUAUCAUGGUGAUUUCUGCGAGAAAUGUUUAUACGAGAAGAAAACACUUUAUUACCUCUAUAACCAGUACUUUGUACGUCAUGUUUACCACAGAUAGGCUGAUUAUUCGUCUUUUUGGCAUUUUACAUCUCAGAGUUCUAUAAUCCUGUUUGUUUUAAUACAUAAAUCAGGGCAUGCAGCAUUAAUGUCUAAAUGUGGGACAAACUGAGACAGCAAGAGAAGAAGCUCUCCAACACAAGGUAGAAUCCGUUGAUGUUUGGGAAGCUUCUGCUUUUAAUUCCUGUUAACUUUCUCAGAUUUGAGAGUUUUGAUCCUUUGAUAUUUAGAGUUGAACUUUGACAAUAUAACAACAAUGAAAUGUGACAUUAGACCUUUCAUUAAACCUUUUUUCAUAACGUCAGAGAUGCAGUAAAUCUUCAGAUAGAGGCACAGUUAUUUCAAUAAUUUUAUAUGCUGCAGUUAAAUGUCUUCUUUGUGUGUGUGUGUGUGUGUGUGUGUGUGUGUGUCAACUGGGAUUUUAUUUCCUUGAAGGAGUGAUGAGACACUUUACAGAUCCCUGUAGGGAUGGGGUUUUUUAUUUUUUAAUUUAGCUGACCCUCCUUCUACAGAGGUCAGCUCAACAGCACCAAGUAGGGACUGUAUGUCUGUGCUCGAGGGACCUUCAGCAGGAUGGGUGCUCGACGUUUGAACCAGUUUGAUCUUCCAGAUAAAGCUUUGUCUCGCACACAUUAAAGGACAAAUCCACCUGUAAAACCCUUUAACGUAGACAGAAAAGCAGCUACACGUGAUGUGCUUUGCAUUGUGGAGGCAUUCUGGGAAAUGUAGGAUUCCAGCAGAGGCUAGAAGAGGACAGAAUAGUUGGUGAAAUGCAAAGAGCAUCACAAAUUUAACCAGAAUGUAAACAAAAUCUGUUGGAUUUUUCCUUUAACACACCUGCGUCCAUGACAGUUUCAGAGUAAAUGAAAGUUCAGGUUUCUGUUUCUUCUCUGUAGAUUAACACGUCAAUAACUCUCCUCUCUGCUACGAUUAUUUACAGGUUUCAAUCUUCAGACCUCUGCGUCUGAGGAAACUACAGACUAUUCACUGAUUCUAGUGAAGCAUAAACACACAGACAUAAAUAAAUGCUUUAAAUGUAGUUUCAUGGAUUAAAGUUUUGUAUGAGCUAUUUUGUUAACUAUUCCUACUUUAACACAAAGUGUGUACGACGUAUUUGCAUCACUUCUAAAGCUGAAGGAUAGUUUUUUUGUAACACUUGUAAACAGUAAUUGCUUUUGUCCUACCCUGUCGGGUUUUCCUUUUUUUUUUUUUAAUUUUGUUAUUAUUGUCCAGGAUGUGAAAUCACCACCUUCAGUCAGCCAGUUGCUGUUCAGUGCUGGUUGAGUUGGUGAGUUUGUCAGUUCGGUGGUUAGUUGUACUUCCGAGGACCUAUUCUAAAGAGAAACAUAGUUUUGACUCAGACGGUGAAACUGUUAGCCAGUGCAAGAAAAAAUGUAACCUCGCUAUGCAGCCAGAUAUACUGUACAUGCCCUGAGCUCAAAGUUAGAUCAUAGCUUCUGUCAAAAACAAAAAUACAGACUGGACCUUUAAGUGGACAUUAAACAUUUCCGAACCUUAGUUUUAAUUUCCAUGAUGAAAGUUUUUGCUGCCACGUGACACAAAUGUGACAUUACCUUUAAAGAUUUAAGCCCUGAUGUUGUGAUAGAGUCUGCAAAUCCCCAAUUUUCCUUCAAGCUCUGGCUGAAAGUUUUGAUAAUUUUCAGUUGGACAAAAAUUUUAGGGAUUUUGUAGCACUGUUGGGUAAAGAUGUGUAUUUUUAACUAAUUUAAAAUCGCUUUGGUGUUUUUCAGCCUUCUUGUGUCUGAGUGAAUAUUGGAGACUAGAACUUCUAUAAUUACGCUACGACCUGUGUGUGCACGCCACAAGAUUUCUCCACCGAGCCCUCGCCGACAGAGCCCCAGAUAACGCGGUGACAUCACCAAACUUUGAGACGACACGUGGUAAAGUCAUGGAUAUUCUUCCCAGUGUUGAAUGAGAUCUGCCUCCAGGGCCUGGGUCCAAGCACAACGCUCUCCCCCGUGAUCCUGUGGACGCCGCCAUUGUUGUUGUUGCUUGCCGGCUUGUCAGUGUUGCCAGAUCUUGGGAGAGAAACAAGCAACCGGGGCUAUGGAAACAAGCCCAAAAGAAGCGACGGAUAUAUAUAGAGAAAGGUGAUGUUUAGAGAGCAAGUCCAAAUAAGCAACUUCACUUUAGGAACAAGCCCAAAGUCGCUGCUAAUAAGCAGCCCUGGCAACUCUGCGGCUUGUCUUGCUCACAUUUCUUCCGUCCUCCUGCGUGCCGACGUGGGACGUAUCCCGCCUCUCAUUGGCUGAUGUCAGUCGUGUCACACUUUUCCAGUUUUCUAGCAUGCCAGAUAUCCAGUCCCAGUCACAGACGAGGGGACGACUUGCUCGUAGGCUUGUUCACACAUGAGGACUCGUCGUGGCAGACUAUCUGCCGACUCACCUCCGACCCAAGGUGGCUCUCAAGAUCCUCUGCGACGUCACAAUCGCGGUGAAAAUCGUGUAACGUGAACUAGGCUUUACAGAAAGAACCACGUCUCGCUCAGGGAGAAGUCUCAUUCUGACAUCUUGCAGACUUUUCCCACUAUGUCGAAAUGGGCUAAAUAUUCAGCCUUGAAGUUAUAAGUAUUUUAGAUAACACUAAGCUACACUUUCUGUCCUCUUCCACAACACAUCUUCCCUGCACUCCUCCCUCCAACUCUCAAUAACGUUUCCACCGUUGUUUUUUCCACAAAUCAGCUCUCGAUUUCAGAACCAGACUUCUCCUUGAGCGAGACUUGGUUACACACAAUGACAAACAAACAAUAUCAAGGAAAACGUUUAAUUUCUCUGCAGGGAUCCUUUCCAUAAUGUUGUCGGACACAAUCUGAGCAUAUCAAUGGCAAAAUCAAGCACUUGUAGUGGAUGUACAUCAACAGUGAACAAAUGCCCCAAGCAGUUACGUUGUGGUUUGUUUUACUGCUGCUGGCUGCAGCGCUCUCUCUCAACACUCCACCAAUUUCAAAUGGUGACGUGUCCAUAGGUCACAUAAGCCCCGUUUCCACCAAACACUUUCAGUGUGGUACCUUUGGAACCAACAGUAACCCUUCAGACAUGGUACCUAGACCCUCGGUCCCUUUUAGCGUUUCCACCACAAAUAAUCCUCUUAAAUGUGGGCGGGGUUGUUGUCACUUCCUCAUUAUUGGUGACACAGAUGGAAGUCUGCACCUCGUUUAUCGUCCACAGAACGAGGCUGCACGCUGACAUUUUCAGAACAAAAUAGAACAGGCUGCAGUGAGAGUCUCUCUCCAUGGGAUAUUUAAAAAUAGCAGCUUUGUGCAUUUAGUCCUUCUCAGGCAAGCUCAGGGGUUUAGUGUUGCUAUAGCCCACAGGAACGACGCUCCGUGAUGCUUUGUAAUAUAAAUUAAUAUGUAUUUUUAAACAUUUGAAGAUCCACUUAUUACUAAAAGUGUAUCAUCCAAAAGACACUAUAAAAGCUGGGUGAUGGUAAAAGUUGUCACAGUGAAAUUUAAGGUGUGCUGAUGGAUUGCGUCAUCACCUCAUACAUUAAAUAAGUUAACGUUCCACCUUAAAAGUCGCCGGCAGUCGGCCCAGUGAAUGAAGUUAUUUUCUCUCAGACUCCAGCUGCUGUGAGAGGCAGCAAAACAUCCUUUCAUUUUAUAGUUACAGUUUACUAAUAAAACUCUCCACAGUAUGAACAGUGGUUACAUGAGCCUCAAAACCAGACACAACUCAGCCCUGAGCAGACUGACCGUCCUCUACUGACCAAUCAGACUGCAGUGUUCACAGCUCCACCUUUUAGUACCAGAUCUGUGUGCUAGGUACCCCAACAGAGGGGAGACCAAACAUGUGGACGGUACUGAACGGUUCCAUUGGUACCAUCCAUGGAAAAUAGUGUCCCGAACUGAACUGAAGGAGAAAAUGUGGUUUCAGGCUGAAAAAUACCAAAGUUUCCUUUUACAAUUACAAGAACUUCAAACAAAGUGUUGUGACACAAAAAUCUUAACUCUUACCGACUUUUUCAGGCUGAGCGAGACGGUGAGAUGCAGAUGAAACCUCCAGAAAUGGAUAGGAAGUGGAUUUUGUUUAGACUUUUUUUUGUCAAAACAACCACUGACAAAACGACCUUGAAGGCAGAAUGAGUGGGAUUUGUCAGUUGCGGUUUGUAAACAUUAAAUAUUAUAUUAAAUAUUAUAAAUGCAGUUUCAGUCGCGAACACUAUGUGCUGUAUUUAGCUACGAUUACCAAGUAUCAUCGGCUUUACAAUAGUUUGCUGGCAUCUGUGCGUCUUCCCUGUUUUUCUCAAAGCUGGAAGAAACAACGUAAAAGUCGUUUAAUGGAGCAAAGAAUCGGUUAACCGCUGGGUUUUUUGACCUUUUUUCUGCGUCACACCCAAUGAAACCAACGUCCAGCACCUCUGCUUUCACUUUGUAACAUAAAGUUUAUUUUUAUAUGCUGCUCACCUAAGAAUUAAACCCACAAGUUGUCGUUUGGUUCGAGACUUUUUUUUUUUAAGAACAGAGACGGAGGACGGUUUUGUGAGGUUUUUGUGUAAAAAGUCGUCUGUGUGGUCACUCUCGAUGUCGUCUCAGAGGCAUUACUGUACAUUCACAAGGGUAUCCAGUUAGGUUCUUCCAUUAUAGAGAUGUUUGUUAUGAAGAUACAUGUGAGGGCUGCACAGUGAGGAACACAAAUGAUCAUAUUAGCCUCUGUAAUUUAAGGCUACAGCAAUUUCCUCUCUCCAUUGUUGUUUUGGCUUCCUACUUCACUGUUAAUCUAACACUAAUAAAAUGCAUCGUCCCUUCAGGUGAAGUCUAAACAUCUAAAUCAGACCUGAGACCAGUAUAAUUGGUUUUUAAUCACAAUCACACACUGCCAAAAUGCACCACAUUUACAAUGAAUUUCCAUAUGUCUGCAGUUUAGUUGAAUAUAAUAACAGCUUUAAAUGUCUGAAGAUUACUGUUAUGACAUUAUUUGUAGCUGUUUCUAUAUAAAAUGAAUGGACGUGAGGAAGCUCUGUAUGAUCAUCUUGUUAUAUUUUCUGUGCAGCCCUCUCAGACUGUCCUCAGUGUUGACUUAAUGAAGAGUUUUUGUUGUAAGUCACCCCUCAGCCAGUGUUUGUACCUGCACUUUAAAGCCCACCCUGAUCACAGUCAUUUUUAUCCCAGUGCUUCAUUUAUUAUACUGAAAACGCUUCUUCACCCUUUGUUGGAUUAUUCUGUUGAGAAUAAAAUCAAGUGUUUAUA